AUGACGGGAGAUACACAGGAUGUGAUCCCUGAUUACCCUGGACCGGAUAACGUUAGAAUAACAACCUUUGAGAUAGAGAAGGCGGAUCGGUCGAACAUAAAGAAUUGGAAGCUGCGGAUGCAAAUUUUCUUGGAGACUCAAGAUUGCUGGGAUAUGGUUGAAUUGAUGGAGAAAUACCAGAAGGACCCUGAGAAGAUUCAGGCCUUGUCUGCGAAGAAAGGGUGGAAAUCAGCCAAUGGGAGAGCGAAACUGUAUAUUCUAGGGAAUAUUAAGCAGGACGAUAUCUCGACCGGUUAUAUUCGGAAGAAAUACGAGCGAAAGACUCACGUUGAUAUUAUGAUGGCGAUUCAAAAGAUAGUGGAUUGGAAGAAGUCUGCGGAGGCAAGUAUGGAAGAUUCGUUACAGCAAUUGGAACAGCUGGAGGCUGAAUUGCGGGAUGUGAGCGAUAGUCAGAUCAAGCUAGGAGAGCUGAUGAUUCUGAAUUUCUUCUUGAGAGGACUCCCAAAGGACUAUGAAACAAUCAGUUAUGCUAUCAUGGGAAGUGAGACAAUAACUCGAGAGAAUGUACUGUCGAGACUGCAGGUGCAGGAAGGCAUUCUUAGUUAA